UAUCUCAAGGCCACAAUGAGGUACAACAAGAUAAAAACUCAGGUUCCCAGGCCGGGCUUGCAGUACCAAGCGCAGCAUCAGUCUCGCCACUCCUCUCUCCUCCAAACGUACCGGACAGCCUUUCUUGACGGACAGCCCGACUUAUACCUUCUGCAGAUUGAUCCUACUGUGUCGUCCACCAUGUCUUUGGCACUCAUUGUCUUGUUGAUGCUCCAUGGCUCUUCAGUGGUGAUUGCAUUUGUCUUGCAUCCAUUAAGGGAAGAGUCGCCAGCCUCUCCUGCCUCUGCUGUUUCCCACCGCAGGUGUCAGGAUGAGUCAUUGCAGUCCUUCAGGAAGAGUCUCCUUGAAGCUCUGAGCCUGCAGACGGAGCCCCGCCUGCCAGCCGGCGAGCUGGACGCUGUUCGAGAGCAGUGGCAGAGAACCUUCAACGCCGCCAUCUCUCAAAGUGCCCAGGACGGUGCAGCUCCUGUGCUCUCCAGCUCCUCUGUGUCACCUGACAGUGAAAACGACACCAGUUUGGAGUGCUGCUCCAUGGCCACUGAAGUCUUCAUGAAAGAUCUGGGCUGGGACAAUUGGGUGAUCCAUCCUCUGAGCCUGACCGUUGUCCGGUGUGCUCGCUGCGAUUCCUCGGAUAAAACUGUGCAGUGUCCAGCAGCCCAUGAUGGAGUCCAGAACAGAGACUCAAAGGACCAGAUGAGCUGCUGCAAGCCCACCUCCCUGGAGAUGGUACCCAUCGUCUUCAUGGAUGAGACCAGCACCAUCGUCAUCUCCUCGGUGCAGCUGGCUCGCGGCUGCGGCUGUGGACCGGGCAGCGCCCAGCAGCCCAGCAAAAAGUAGGCAGGGGUUUGUCAAAAUUGUGUGAAGCUGAGCCACCUGGCGUGUCCAAAGUGUCACUGUAUGCAAGCCUAUCUUCCCUCACAAACACCUGUGGAGCUGAUUGUUUCUCUUGUCUUAGACUGUUAGUCUUUUUGUUUAAACCUGAUUGUGGGAACCAAAGCAAAGUCUCAGCUUUGCAUUCCUGCUGCACCGCCGUGGCAGCGCCCAAUCCGUUGAGCCUGCCAGUCAUAAAACCUCAAUGCCCCCAUUUAAAACAGACCCGUAUGUUCUCAGCUACUUGAGAUAUCGUCAAUAAACAAACCCGGUGUCCUUGAAUAGGUGUUUCAAAUCACUUAAAGAAAAGCAGAUGACAGUUCCGUAAAAGAUGUUUCAUGUCUGUCCUUAAAUAAAUCUCAAGAGUACAGAUUACUAUUUAUAGCGUCUAACUGUUACUGAGUGUUCCCUCCAAAAAUGUGUAAUCUGCCCUGUGCCAAACGCUCUCACAGGCCAGCAGUCUUUCUCUGAUUUGUCAGACUGUUAUGUCCUCUUUUGGACAUUGAAAAAAGGAAAAACUGGGUCAAAACUUGGUCAAAUGAGGUUACAGAUUAUACACAGAAUUGCCAUCACAUGAAUUAAAGUAUUAAAUCAAACACAGUGUUUUUAAGAAUUCCCCCACGAGUCUCCAAUUUAAGAAAACAAAUAAAACAUUGAAAGGAA